AUGUUCAAAUCUUCAUCCAAAGUUAUUCUCAAUCAACACAAGACUGGUGCCUUGUUGCUCGGUCGUUCUUUGAACGGAUCAUCAAGCCGUUUCUAUGCUACUGAUAAGAAACAAGUUGUUAUUGUCGGUGGUGGUCCAGGUGGAUAUGUAGCAGCAAUUAAAGCAGCUCAACUCGGUCUCAAGACUGUUUGUGUUGAAAAGAGAGGAACAUUGGGUGGUACUUGUUUGAAUGUUGGUUGCAUUCCUUCAAAGGCCUUGCUUCACGCUUCCCACAUGUAUCACGAAGCUCACGGAUCAACCUUCGCCAAGUGGGGUAUCUCAUUGAAGGAUGUUAAAAUUGAUGUUGCUACAAUGCAAAAACAAAAGGAAAAGGCUGUUUCCGGAUUGACAGGAGGCAUUGAACAUCUUUUCAAAAAGUAUAAAGUUGAAUAUGUAAAGGGUGAAGGUACCAUCGUCGGAAAGAACGAAGUUGCUGUUAAGGGUUUGGACGGAAAGAAUGAUACAAUCACAACAGAGAAUAUUGUUAUUGCAACUGGUUCUGAGCCUACUCCUCUUCCAUUCCUCCCAUUCGACGAGAAGGUAAUCUUGUCAUCCACUGGUGCUCUCUCACUUGGCCACAUUCCAAAGAGAAUGGUCGUUAUUGGAGCUGGUGUCAUUGGUUUGGAAAUGGGAUCUGUUUAUUCUCGUUUAGGAUCUGAAGUCACAGUCGUUGAAUAUGCUGACCGUGUUUCUCCAUUCUUGGACAAGGAAGUGAGUGCCACAUUGAAGAAGAUUUUGGAAAAGCAAGGAAUGAAAUUCAAAUUGGGAGUUGCUGUCAAGUCAGGAAAGAUCGUCGAUGGAAAUAAGGUUGUUCUUGAACUUGCCAAUAAUGCCUCUGGUGCAGUUGAAUCCUUCGAAGCUGAUGUUGCUUUGAUUAGUAUUGGUAGACGUCCAUACACUCAAAAUUUGGGCUUGAACAAUGUUGGUAUUCCUCUCGACGAACGUGGACGUGUUGUCAUUGAUGAACACUUCCGUACAAAGGUUCCAAAUAUUUAUGCAAUUGGUGACGCUGUAAGAGGACCAAUGCUUGCUCACAAGGCUGAAGAUGAAGGUCUGGCAGUUGCCGAGUCAUUGGCUGGACGUCAUGGUCACGUCAAUUAUGAUGCCAUUCCAAACGUUAUUUACACUCAUCCUGAAAUUGCUUCUGUUGGUAAGACUGAAGAAGAGUUGACAAAGGAAGGCAUCAAAUAUAAGGUCGGAAAAUUCCCAUACAUGGGUAACUCUCGUGCUCGUACAAUUGAUGAUGGUACUGAAGGAUUUGUUAAGAUUUUGACUGAUGCUCAAACUGAUAAGGUUUUGGGAGUUCACAUCAUUGGUAUUUAUGCUGGUGAAUUGAUUUCUGAAGCAGUUUUGGCUAUGGAAUAUGGAGCUAGCGCUGAAGACAUUGCCCGUACAUGUCAUGCUCACCCAACAUUGUCUGAAGCUGUUAAGGAAGCUGCUCUGGCUGCUUAUGAUGGUAAACCAAUCCAUUUCUAA